AAGAGCCCCUCGGACGCUGCCCUGGCAUGGCUUCUGACGCUGCGAGCAGCCCUCAGUUCAAUGCUUUCAAGGACGCUCUCGCCCGUCGCGUCAUCUCUAGACCUGGCUUCGACGACGGCUCAAGCGACCCCGGCGAGCUCGACGACUUCGCGUCCUACCUCGCCGCCGAGGUCUGGCCGACACUUCCAGAGCCUCUGCGGAACGCGACAUACCAGACCCGAGACUCUGUGCCUGCCGCGGAUGACCUCUCUCUGGACAGCACCCCGACGACCUUCGUCGACAGCCUGACCUCGUGCGGCAUGUGCGACGACGUGGACAGCGCGCUCUCGUUCCUGCGCAAGAUUCUGGAAGACUAUGUCUCCGAAGCGUGCGCGCCGCCGCCCGUGUGGUCCAGGACGCGGACGACAGAGUGUGAGAUCUGCGAGCGCGAGGUCCCGCUGACGUACCACCACCUCAUCCCGCGCGAGGUGCACGCAAAGGCGCUCAAGAAGAAGUGGCACCCGGAGGAGAUGCUCAACUCGGUCGCAUGGCUCUGCAGGCCGUGCCAUUCGACCGUCCACCGCGUCGCGAGCAACGAAGAGCUUGCAAAGAGCUGGUACACUGUGGACACUUUGCUUGAAAGAGAAGACAUUCAGCGCUGGAGAGCUUACGCCUCGAAGCAGCGAUGGGGUGUGCGAAGAGGCUAGAUGCUUGCUAGCUCGCGGCGACCGAUCUUGGCACUCCAAGACUCGUACCAGCAGAUCAAACAUAAUACCCUUUCCAUGCUCCUUUGAAGUUGCAUCCUGGUGAUGUCGCUACAAUGAAUCGCCGCCAUGAACGACCUUGUCCUCCAACGCUCGCAACGUCCCCAGUCCCUUGGUCGUCUCCGCACCCAAACACCUGCACUGGCGCACUUUCGCGCCACGCUCAGGCCUCCAGCAACUCCAGAGGGUCCGGAAAUCUGGGAAGCCGCGCCUCGAUGACCGGUGGGAGCAGCGCUGGGAAGGUGCGCGCGCCCCUCGCAGGGAGACCGACGCGCCUGCCAGCGUCCGCAGAGCGCCAUGUCGCUCGUGUUUCUCUGCAUCACCCGACGCCCCCCCUCCCCCCAGGCCAUCGACUUCCGUCCGCCUUGCGCAAGAGUACGACGCUCUUUCGAAGUGAGAGUUUGACGAAGAGGCUCUGCUGUCCCCGUGCCGUCCCCGAGUCUUGCGCCCCCUUUUCUGGCGGGACGAACUAGUCCCGUCGCAGGUGAUGUGCCACUGCCGGAUACAUGUAUUCGGAGCGGGAAAUAUAAAUCAUAUUGAAAC